GUUUGUUUGUAUGUUUCUCUCCUAGUAUUGGAAACAUAUUUUGAAUUGAAAAUGAGAAUAUUUAGUUUUCUUGUUUACUUAUCUUAAGUUAAUGUUCUAUAUUACAAGUAGUUGAAUACGUGGGUCCACUCCACUUGAUGAUUAGUUUAGUCUAAGAAUCAACUCAACUAUUCAUUUAGAUAGGCUUAACAAAAUAGUAUGCUUUGUGCCAAGCUUUGCUAUGUAUCAAUUAGAUUUUGGAAUGAUUUCCUACUCUAAACUCUGCAACUUCUUACUUAUAAUUAACUUACAGGUUAUUCAAAUACAAUAAUUAACUUACCCGUAAAUUACUUACCACUUAUAUCCAAACAGGAUUACCCGUAAAUUAUUUAAAACUUUGAGAACUUACAAGCAUCCAAAUACACCCUAACAGAAGACGAAAAAGAAGAGAGGAAUGUUGUUGUGUUGACUUUUAUUGAAUUUUUGCAUAGAGGAAUGUUGUUGUGCUGAGAAAAAAACUGUUUUUUUUUUAAAAAAUUUUAAAAGCUUCAUCUGAUAAGAACCCAAAUCCAACUGAAUUUGGGUCUUUUUGAUUUGUUUGUAUGUAAAUUGGAUCUUUGGGCCUUUGGAGUUGGUUUUUUUUUUUUUUUUUGAAAUAAUCUGGUUUUCAUUAUUAGAGUUUUGGAUUCUUGGUUGGUUGAAAGAUUGUUUGUUUGAGCUUUUAAUUAGAUUUAAUUUAAUUAAUUUUCUUUAUUUGGAGUUUUUCAUACAGAUUGAUUUUUUAAUGAAAGGUUGGUUUUUGAACUGUUGGGUUAUUGAUUUUUUGGGUUUUGGUAGGGUUUGUCAUAGAUUUGAUUUAAGGGGUGGAUGUUUUGUAUAGAAUUAGUAUUUCUUGGUUUUACACCUGUUUUUAAUGUCACCCUUUAUUUCGGGGAAUUUGAUUUAAUCCUAUUUUUAGAAAAUUUGUUAUGAAGUUCACGAUUCGGGAUCCAUUCUUUUGGAUAGUCUCAAUAAAAUCCAUAGAUUACAUUUAUUGACUUUUUACUAGAUUUCCAUGUUUAUUGAUGCCAAUGCAAGUUCCCUCUUUCACUGCUUUGAUAUUUGAAGAUUUGGAAAAUAAAUCAAUGAGUUCAUUAGACACUAGACUAUUGAAAUCCUCCAUGAACUGGGUAGCAGGAUCUUUGAAAAUUUCUUAGCAGCCGGUCAUGACAGCUGAUUCGACCAACUCACAUUAUUGGUUGAACUGGAGAGCUGGGGUCUGCGCAUUCUGGAUAGUGUCGUCGGUGAUUGGAGCAUUGGUUUUGAUAUGGAAAUAUGAAGGUUCCAAUGGCUCAAGGCAGGAAAGGGGAGAGACCCAACAAGAGAGGGUGGGUUUCUUAUGCAACGACGAGUCUUGGAAGCCUUGCCUGAAAAAAAUCCAUCCUGGUUGGCUGCUUGCUUUCCGCAUCGUUGCAUUUUUCAUGCUGUUGCCAGUGCUCAUUCUCUACAUCUAUGUUGAUGGGGUUGCCAUAUUUUACUUCUAUUCUCAAUGGACAUUUGCGUUGGCUACUCUUUAUUUUGGGCUUGGAACCUCUCUCUCCAUUUAUGGAUGCUAUCAAUUACAUAAUAGAGUUGAGGGUGAUGGGGUUGAGCAUAUGAGGCCAGAUGCAGAACGAGGAACGUAUGUGGGACCUGAACAUGGGGGAGAUGCAAAUAGGCACCACGUGAUGGAAAACUCGGCUACCCGUGAAGAGCGUUGCACUCGUCAAAUUGCGGGGAUUUGGGGAUAUGCUUUUCAAAUUAUUUAUCAGGCAUGUGCGGGUGCUGUGGUGCUCACCGAUGUCGUAUUUUGGUGAUUCAUUUUUCCAUUUCUAGAAUUCCAAAUUGAUAAAUUGUAUUUUCGGUUCCCAUGGUUCCGUAUCUCCUACUUUGUAUUGUGGACAACUAUAUAUGUCAUUUUCCAAUGGGUCUACCACGCUUGUGUCUCACUUGGGUAUAUUUGAUCUUAUUCUUCCUUUUUGCCAUUUCUUGCUUUUAAGAGAAACUAUUUCACAACUUUUCUAAUGGCAAUUAUCUUUGUUAUAGAUGGCCAUAUCUUCUUGACUUGUCAUUGCCUUACGCUCCAAUAUGGUACUUAGCGUGGGGAUUGUCGGAGGUCCCAUCUUACGCCAUCUUUGCUUUGCUGAUAAAGAUGAAACUCUGCUUCCUGUCGAGAUCGUUUCAUCAAUCACAGUAGACAUGGGUACCGUUCCGCUGCAAUGUUCGGAUCCAGUAAUGAAAUGUAGGUGAAAAAAUGCGGAGUUCAAGAAAAAGAAGGAAACAAGAUUACAUGGAAUUGUAGAAAUUUUACUUUUUAAAAAUAAUAAAAAAGAAAAAGAGUACCACAGAAUUAUUUGUUAUUUUGUUCAUGAUUUGGAGGGAUUGUAUAUAGUAAAUACAUUUGAUACUGAAGAAUAGUUUACUUGCCACAAAUUAUAUUGGA